AUGGUAAUAGUAAGAUCUGUUGUUGCUCUUGCUGCUUCUUCUGGCUGGUAUAUUUUUCAAAUGGACGUUCACAAUGUCUUUUUACAAGGUGGCCUUAAUGAAAAUCUCUACAUGGUUGUUCCUGAAAUUAUGGAUGAAGCUCUGAUAGUAGUGUUGGUGUAUGUUGAUGAUCUUUUAGUAACAAGCAGUACUCUGGUUCAUAUUCAAAAGACCAGAAAAAUUUUAAAGUCCAAGUUUAAGAUGAAGGACUUAGGAGAGCUAAAAUAUUUCCUUGGCAUAGGAUUUUUCAGAAGUAAGAAAGGGAUUUAUAUGUGCCAAAGAAAGUAUGCUCUAGAGCUGGUUUCACAAAUGGGAUUAUCUGGAAUCAAACCAGCAGAAACACCUCUAGAGUUCAAUCACAAACUCACUUCCUUAGAAUUUGACAAAGAAAUAAAGCCAAAAAAUCUUGCUCAUGACAAGUUGUUAGAAAAUAGAGGAGCUUAUCAGAGAAUUAUUGGAAAACUUAUAUAUCUAACCUUGACUAGAACAGAUCUUUUAUUUGUAGUACAAGCCCUUAGUCAACACAUGAAUGCUCCCAAACAGUCUCAUUUGGAUGCUGCAACUGGAGUAGUUAGAUACAUUAAAAGAACAACAGGUCUUGACCUUCUCUUGUCUGCAAAUGGUGAGUUGAACUUGGUUGUAUACUAUGAUUCAGACUGGGCAUCUUAUGUUGAAACUAGAAGGUCAGUAACUGGCAAUCUUGUGAAGUUUGGUGAAGCCUUAAUAUCAUAA